AUGUCGGAGGUCGGAAGGCCCCAGGGUCUAGUGUUUGACGUUGGAGUGUCAAGCGUCCAGGUGGAUGAUAAGAGCCGCGGGUUCAACAUGUCCAACCUGGCCCGCUCGACGGACACCCGCCUGGACCUGCGCAUGAACCCAGAGAGUGGCCCAUCUGCAGCUGAAUGGCUGCAGGGUGCGUCGGCAGAGGAGAUCGCAUGGGUACUGCGCAAGUACGGCGAUGAUUUCCAGGUGGAACUGGAGGCUGAGAGGAUAGCGCAGUUAAUCUUCGAUGACCAGCAAGAGAAUGGUCCUUUCCAUUCCAUGCAGCGCUUUGCAGAGCUUGUUGGGCAAGCAAAGAUUGUAGGUGGGGAGGAAUUUGAGCAUACGGUUCGAGGCAAGGAGCAUCCGGCCCGUUUGACUGUGCAGGCGAUACGCCUGUUCCUAAACUCCGAGUUGGAGGAAUUGCAAGACGGUCUAGAAUCUGCCUUCCGGAUCUUGGAUGAUGGGGGUCGGUGUCUUGUCACCACCUUCAAGCGCAAGGAGGAGAUGGUGGUCCGAAAAUUCGUGGCCAACCACGAGGAUCCGGAUGAGGCCACUGUGGCUAGAAUCAAAAAGAAAAGGCGGUUGGUGGAGCUCUACCCUCUCAGCGGGACAGAUCUGGACUACGCCGUGCGGCUAGUCUCGCUCCCCUUGAAGCCUGCUACUGGCGAGGUGAGCAUGAACGCGCGGGCACGAUCAGGCCUGCAAAGCUGUGGAGGUUUUGUACUAGCUUUCAAGAAGCUCCAUACUCGUGGCUUCUUGCAGCUAAUGGCAGGCAGAAGGACGGCUAAACAUCAAGAUGCACCUGCAUUUCUGUAUGAAAAAGAAUUGGCAAACCCUGUCCAACACUCCACAAAGCCAGUUGUGAAGUCCUGA